AUGAGCCCGGAAAAGCAUCAUGAGGAAGGGGAUGAAGUUGACUGCGUUCUCCUUUCAGCGUCCAAGAUCCUAAAUUCUUCUGAACGAGUAAAGGAAAGUGGUGGCAGUGAAACAGAACAUGGCUGCAUAUCAGAAUCAGAAAAUCAAAUUCAACCACAGUCAGCAUUAAAAGCCCUUCAGCAUCAAUUGGAAUCAUUUCAGGCUCUCCGAAUACAGACUUUGCAAAAUGUCAGCAUGGUACAGUCUGAAAUCAGUGAAAUACUGAACAAAAGUAUUAUUGAAGUAGAAAACCCACAAUUUAGCUCAGAAAAAAAUCUAGUAUUCAACACACAUAUUGAAAAGCCUAUAAACAAUCACGAAGAAAUCCUUUCUAUGGAGAAAAUUCAUCAUUUAGAGGAUUCCAAGACUCUUCAUUCAAUGGAAGAAAAACUCAGUAGCGAUAGUGUUAACAGCUCCUCUCAAGGUAUAAAUAUUCCAUCUCAGAUACAUUUCAAGGACAUAUUAACUCUAAGAACGUCAACAGAUAAUUCAGCUUCAAAUGUAAUUAUGAACCCUUCAGAAAAUUCUGACGUGUUGAAGAACUAUAAUAACCUUUAUAAUUUUCUGUCUAAUGCACCUCAAAAUGUGAUGUCUCAAGCUGAUACAGUAAUUCUGGAUAAAUCCAAAAUUACUAUGCCUGUUCUUGAGCAUGGAUUUUGUGAAAAUUUAGAUGAUAUUUGCCAUUCUAUAAAACAAAUGAAGGAGGAGCUUCAAAAGUCACACGACAGAGAACUAGCACUUACUAAUGAACUUCAAACUUUAAAAAUUGAUACAGAUGUUCAAAGUAAUAGUAACUAUGACCUGUCUCCCAUUCACAAGGAAAAAAUUAACUUUAUAAAGGAAGAAAAUAUAGAAAGUAACUUAAAUGAAGAUAUAAAAUCAAAGAGAAUUUCCGAAUUAGAGGCAUUAGUAAACAAAUUACUCCCACUCAGGGAAACAGUGUCAAAAUUUCAUGUGAAUUUUUGUAGGAAAUGUAAAAAAUUAUCUAAGAGUGAAACACACAGGGGAAAGAAGAAUGAGAAAAACAAUAAAGAAAUUCCUAUCACUGGCAAGAAUAUUACAGAUUUAAAAUUCCAUUCCAGAGUUCCAAGACAUACACUUUCAUUCUUUGAUCCAGCAAAAUAUGAAAUGAAAGACAAAGAAAGGCAACCAUUUGUAGUAAAACAAGGAUCGGUAAUAUCUGAAAAUGACAAAACAUCCAAAGUCAAUUCUGUUACUGAGCAGUGUGUUGCAAAAAUCCAGUACUUGCAGAAUUAUCUAAAAGAAUCUAUGCAGAUACAGAAAAAAGUAACAGAACUAGAGAAUGAAAAUCUAACCCUUAAGAUCAAAAUAAAACCUCUUGUCUUUACCACACAAUCUCUGAUACAGAAAAUUGAAAUAUAUGAAAAACAACUUAAGAAUCUGGUUGAAGAAAAGAACAUUAUUCAGUCCAAAUUAAUUAAAACAGAAGAAGAUGGCAAAGAAUGUCUUAAAGAAUUGAAAAAAAUAAUUAGUAAAUAUAAUAUUCUCCAAGGACAAAAUAAAACUCUAGAGGAAAAAAAUAGUCAACUUUCUUUGGAGAAGCAACAAAUGAUAGAAACAUUUGAUCAACUAAAAGGUAAGGAACACAAAACUCAAAAUGAUUUAGCCAUUGUCAAUAAUGAAAAUAAUCGAAUGAGUAUAGAAAUGGAAUCAAUGAAAACAAAUAUUCUAUUGCUACAAGAUGAAAAGGAAAUGUUAGAGGAAAAAACAUACCAGCUUCUAAAAGAAAAAAGCUCACUUGAAAAUGAACUAAAAGAAAACCAGCUAGAGAUAAUGCAGCUAAAAGAGAAAGAAAGAUUGGCAAAAACUGAACAAGACACAUUUCUUCAAAUAAUAGAAACAGUUAAAAAUGAAAAAAUUAAUCUUGAAACAACAUUACAAGAAUCUACUGCUGCUAGACAAAUGAUGGAAAGAGAAAUUAAGAAUAUUCAAACAUACCAAUCUACUACAGAAGAGAAUUUUCUAAAAGAAAUAAAAAAUGCAAAAUCAGAAGCAAGUAUUUAUAAGAAUAGUCUAUCUGAAAUGAGCAAUGAAUGUGAACUGUUAUCAAAAAUGUUAAUGGAAAUUAAAACAGAUAAUCAGAUUCUAAAAGAAGAACUAAAAAAACAUAGUCAGGAAAAUAUAAAAUUUGAAAACAGCAUCAGCAGACUUGCAGAAGACAAAAUACUUUUAGAAAACUAUGUAAGAAGUAUAGAGAAUGAAAGGGAUACCUUGGAAUUUGAGAUGCGGAAUCUUCAAAGAGAAUAUUUAAAUCUAAGUGAAAAAAUCUGUAGUCAGCACAGUGACCUAUCAAAAAUUGGUUACAUUUCAAGAAGAGAGAAAUUCCAUUAUGACAACUGUGAUACUUAUGAAGAUACCUCUAGCCCCAGGAAUAGGCAUUUAGCUUCUGAUUUGAAAGAUUAUUUCAAAAUUAAGGACAGAAAUCUUAAGUGUCAUUAG